AUGGAGGCCUUGCACAGCCAACUGACCACUGGGGAGCAAUCCGGAGGUCAAGACCAGCCCCAAAACGAGUCUCCAAGACGAGCCCCACCGUCUCAGGUCCCCUCGCAGGAACAUCGGCAAGAGGAACCCCACCCCCAGCAUCAGGGACAGCAACAACCCAAACAAGCAAGGCGACAGCAUCAUGAAAGAAAGCGUCUUAGGCUCCAACAGAGGAGGCAUGCCCAAGAACCUGAGGCUUUUCAGGGGAACAAGUCUCCGAGUCCUCAAUCUCCUCAGGACAGUAUUGGACUGUCAAAAGAAACACCUUCGGAACCUUCCUCUUCGACCCCAGCAGCGCUGUCUUGCUCCAUGGAGGAGGCCCAAGAGGGUACGCCCAAACAGAAGCGUGAACGGAAACCUCAGAAGCCCGGAAAAUAUGUGUGCACCUAUUGUGGCCGUGCUUGCGCCAAGCCCAGCGUGCUCCAAAAGCACAUCCGCUCCCACACCGGUGAGAGACCUUAUCCUUGUGCCCCUUGUGGCUUUUCCUUCAAGACCAAGAGUAACCUUUACAAGCAUCGGAAGUCUCACACCCACAAGGUGAAGGCUGGUCUGACAGCGAACAGAGAAAUACCGACUAUGGGUUGCCAAGAGGAGCCAGUCACAGACACAGAUGAUGAAACAAGCCAGCUAUCGUCCUGUUCUCCCUCCAUUAAGAAACAAGGAUUCAUGGCCCCUCAAAGGACUCAUCCCACAGAAAUUAGCCCGGAAGAUCAAUCACAGGGGCUUGAGGAUUCCCAUGCAGUCAAAAAGAGACUGGCUAUGAGGCUUAGCAGAGGAAGGCGCACUCCUGCAGGAUCAUCUGAUGAAGCAUCUUCAUCAUUUGGUCUUAGCAGUAAGGGCAGCACAGAGUCAGGUUACUUCUCUCGAUCUGAGAGCACGGAAAUUUCUCAAGAGAGUUCCCCAAACACAAGUGCCAAAAGCUAUGCAGAAAUUAUCCUUGGCAAAUAUGGACGACUUGGCCACCUACAGAGGACUUCACGUCAUGAACAUGAACCCGCUACAGGACAAGAGGGCAAGAGCAUGCCUUUCACUGUACCCAAGAAGCAAGUCAUUGACCACAUCACCAAACUCAUAACCAUUAAUGAGGCAGUUGUGGAUACCAGCAAGAUUGACAGUGUCAAACCCAGAAGGUUCUCCCUCUCCAGGAGGAGCAGCACAGAAUCUAAGGUUUCUGCACCAAAAGAGCCUCUCAUUCAUUGCUCUAAAGAGGGAGAACUUAACACGAAGAGCAGUGGUUCUAUUACUUUGGGUGUCCCCUGUGAGAAAUUUCAGCACCAUUCCUUGCAUGUAAACAAGCCAGCAGACCAAACUUCAACUGCUCCUCUUCUGAGAAGCCACUCCAUGCCCUCUGCUGCAAGUACAAGCGAUGCAUCCAGCUCUAGCUCACGCAGUCUUCGCCUUAGUCAGUCAUUUGAUAACCAACAGCCAGCUCAGCAACGGCGCCAAGGUAUGCUUAGACGUCAACCUGCCAUUGAAAUACCCAUUGGUGCUGAAAUUACUUCAGAGGAACUUUCCUCGUCCUGUUUACCAUACCACCAUUACCCUGUCCCUGCAGUUACUGAAAACAAGCAGAAGCAGCUAGAGCCUUAUGAGUGUGAGGCCUGUGGCACUGGUUGUAACAACUGGGAGAAAUACAAGCUGCACAAGCGCCUCUACUGCAAAGCAUAUGUUUCUCAGCAACCUGAAUUUCAUGACUGUCAAGUAGAGGAUCCACAGAAAUCACAUCAUACCACGCGCCCGGGGGCUUUAGUAAUGAGAAAAAGAAGAAAGGAAGAGAGUCUGGAGCUUGACGAACCUACAUCACCGAUUGUUUCCACAUCAUGUACUCUGGCUUCAUCAGAGGACAGAGAUAAUUACAGUCCAACUCAUGAAAAUUACAAGGAUGUCUCUUUGAAAGGCAUAUCAGUCAUACAGCACACCAGUUCAUUUGACAAACAGGAUGCUGCAUUUGCCAAAAGCCAAGGGGCUGAUGAGAUAUACAGAGACAAAUUUCUCCCUCACGAUGUCUGCCAUUCAUUAGCUCAACCUCAAACUCAAUCACAGCCAACAAAACCAGCCUUUCGAAAGCUAGUACGCCAGCAGAACGUUCAAGUGCCAGAGAUUCUGGUCACAGAAGAUUCGAACACUAACACAGUGCCAAUGUCCCCCAAUCCAACACCCUCUACUGCCAAAGACGCCGAAAAAGCAGACGAGUUCCAGUGGCCACAGAGAAGUUCCACUCUGGCCCAGCUUCCAAUUGAGAAGCUGCCACCCAAGAAGAAACGCCUUCGUCUUGCGGAAGCAGCCCAGUCAUCUGGAGAAUCCAGCUUUGAGUCACUCUCUCUGCCUCGAAGUCCAAGCCAAGACAGCAGUGUUUCUCAUGCGUCGAGUCAUUCCGCUUCAUUUGAAGAACCUACCAAAUGUGACAUAGACUCUGCCUCAUCUAGGAGAUCCAGGGCCACCCACACGUUGACAAUCCCAGCCGGUCCUCACCAUCAUCAUCAUCGUGAGAUGCGCCGUUCUGCAUCUGAGCAGGCACCCCAUCUUCCUCAACAUACAGCUCCUAUUGUGGAAACUCGAAGCAAGUCAUUUGACUAUGGCUCUUUGUCCCCGGCUCGCACCCCUGCCGGCUGGAAGGAAAGGCGCAAAUGCCUCUUGAUAAGACACACCGCAGUGAGUGAGCCAGAGGAAGAGGAGCAGCUUACCACACCAGUUUUAAGCGAAAGGUUCGUCCCUUCCAAGACCAGUUCUCCACCCAAACUCAGCCCGAGACACUCUGACUCCUCUGGUCAAUCCUCUGGUUUGUCAUUAAGCAAUACAGUGCAUACCCUCCAUCAGGAGCGUGUCACUCCAUGGCAGCUAGAUCAAUCACCUGGUAGCUUAGAGGUGGCUCUGCCAGCUAAGCAGUUUCCUCAUGAUGUACUCCAAUUGAGCCCAUUGAUUCACACUGGGCAGCAAGCGGCCUCGGGCAGCCUGCAAGGUCUGUCGGGAGCUGCAAGAGCGCAUUAUUCUCCACUGUCUACUGGUCUUAAACUUGAGAUCCCCAACAAGGAGCCUCCUGGAGAUUCAGCAAUAACAAGAGCCCUCCCACAGAAUUGCAUACAUUACCUUCAUCAUCAGCAUGCACAGCCUGAUAUCACUCCAUGUCCGGAAUUGCUAAGGCCUGUUGGAACACAGACGGUACCGGUUAGGCAACAUUCGGACUUCCCCAUUCAUGACAGCACCAUAUACACGACGCUGUCACAAACUACACUUUUUAGUUCCCAAGAGCCUGGCUGCUCAGCCAGAAAUCUAGACCUGACAUCUCAGACUCAAGAACUUAAGAACCAGCAGACAGAGGUUUGCAAAUCAACAGGUUUAGGGGGUAACAAACGUGUGUUGUCCCCGUCAAGUAGCCUGGAGCUCAGCCCAGAGAGCCAACAACAGCAGAAACGAGUGAAAGAGGAGGAGGAUGAGAAGGAACAAGAUGUUCAAGACCCUGAAGUGGUUAAAGAUGACUGCGGCUUACCCGAAUACAAUAAAGAAGAAAUUCAGUCAUGUCUCCAGAGUGUUAUUAUUCCCAUAGACAAAAAAGAACCGUCAAUAUCUAGAAUCCACACUAAUCUUUCAUGUAGCUGGUGCUAUCUAAAUUAUAUCAAGCCAAAUCCAUCAAUCCAGACGGAUCACCAGAACUCUGUGUAUUCUUCCUGGUGUACGAGCAUGUGCAAUCCCAACCCUCCAGGUCUGACGAGCAAGGAAGUUCUGUCUCUUUUGCACUGCAAGCAGAGACACUCCACUUUCACCUACACUAUGGCUGCCAUGUCAGCAGCUGUGCCAGAAAAAACAGUACCAACAAGUUCCAGAAAGACAACCAACUCUGAGGUGCAUGCCACUCAGCUCAAAGAACCCGGCGAGUCCAAGUCUGCCGAGAAGACAGAGGAAACGCUGAAGUCAAAAGAAGCAAGGAAGGAUGAAGGCGAGGAGGAGGAACUGACGACCUCCAAACACAGUGACCUUUCUCGAGUACAGAUCUGUGAAGGAGGUUACAGGUCCAGUGAGGAGUAUGUGUAUGUGCGUGGCCGCGGCAGGGGUCAGUACGUGUGUGAAGAGUGUGGCAUUCGCUGUAAGAAACCCAGCAUGUUACGCAAACACAUUCGUUUGCACACAGACGCCAGGCCUUACGUCUGCCAGCACUGUCACUUCGCCUUCAAAACUAAAGGGAAUCUCACCAAGCAUAUGAAGUCAAAGGCUCAUGGGAAAAAGUGCCCAGAGAGCGGCAUGUCCGGCCCCACACCAGGGGAAACAACAACUGAGGAAGGUGGUGGCGGUGUAGAGCGCUCAGCUGACCGAGAAGAACACCAGUUUUCUGACGCUGAAGACACAGAGGCGGAUGAGGAAGAUAAUGACGACGAUGAUGACAAUGAUGAAGAGGAGUCCCCGCCCUACAACGAACUUCGGCCAUCUUCACGUUCCGAACAAAGAGCCUUGCCAACAAAGAACGCGCCCCUUCAGAUAAUCACUAGCGCAGCAGCCCAGGACAGGCAACGUGACACUGGUCAGCCUCACAGUAUGACUCUCAGAGGAUCUGGCAACCAUGAUGGAGAUGCGGCCCUUAACACAACACAAGCAGUAAUCUCCAGCCCACACCCCAGGCCCACCGCCAGAUCACGUUCAUCCCCCGUCCACAGCCUCUCCCCGGGCUACAGCCUCUCUCCCGCUCCCUCUCUGUCUCCAGGAGGAGAGUCGUCUCUGCGCUGUCCCUCGCCUAGACUCAGGCUUUCUCCUUCCCCUCGGCACUCAUCUCUCUCCCCGUCCACGCGGCCCGCGUCUCCCUUCUCAGACAGCCCCUUAUCCCCCUUACGGCCUGUGUCCCCCGGUGACCUGGUCUCCUCCCCAGUCGGCUCCGGCGGUCAACACAGGCUCCACAAACUCAGAGAUUCAGCUAAAGCCUCACCUAACAGAGAAAGUGUUAAGAUUAAACCGGAGAAGAGUUCUAGUCCGUUUUCGGGGCCACCCAGUCCGCAGACCUGGUUCCCUCCGUGUUUUGGGGUGCUCUCCAGGCCCAAGCUGCACAGGGAGAGUCAUCGAGUCCUGAGUCACCUGCCUCUCCACUCCCAGCAGCCGACCCCUACUCUCAGCCUAAUGAUUUCCAUCGGGGGGAUCCAGAUGGUGCAGGCACGCACCACCCUCCACCUCCACCCGGCACCUGCCCCCGCCCCGCCCCAGAGAACCGCCUCCAUCUCUGACAGGGAGAGAGACGUGGGCGCGGGACUGCGGAGCAAGGUGGCGCUGAGCGGGCGUCGUAUGAUGGUGGUCUUGGACUCUAGGGUUGAAGAUCAGCCAAUCGGACGCGCAGGCUCGGAGGGGAGGCACCAAGACGCGACGGUCAACCGACUUGAAGGUCGGCCAAACAGGAAAGGGAUCUCGAUGACCCAGAAACGCGUGGAUGAGGGAGACGAGGGAAAUCCGCUGGACAGAGCCUCUACUCCCAGUGCCGUCUUACUCACAGACACAGCAGCGAGUGUCAAUCACCAACAGCAAAGCUGGGGAAACCAGUCAACAGACGGUGCGGCGCCCCCCAGGAGCAUUCUGGGAGAAGAGACGUCUCUCGCACGCAGGAUCAAGCAGAACCCUCGUAGGGACAGUGGCUUGGAGACUGUGCCUGGGACAAGUUUAAUCAAAGCUGAAAAAACUACCUUAGGUCCCUGA